AUGGCGCUCACGUUUCGCGUGAAUCCCGAAUACGCGGCGAUCAGCGAAAUCGUGCCGGGACUCUUCAUUUGCGGUGUGUCGGCGUUGAGCGCCGAGACGAUGAAGAAGCACAAAAUCACGCACAUCAUCAACGCGACGACGGAGGUGCCGAAUUUGCGGAGUCUCGGCGACAUUCAGCGAACGAAAUUGUGGCUCGACGACACACCGCAAACGUACAUUUAUCCGCAUUUGGAAUUGCAAGCCGAUCAAAUUCAGGCUCUUAUCGCUGAUGGUGGCAAAGUUCUUGUGCAUUGCGUCGCCGGCGUCUCGAGAUCCGCUUCGAUUUGUUUGGCCUUCCUGUUGAAGUACAGAUGUCGAAGCCUUCGCGAUGCCUAUCAUCUAAUGAAGUCAAAGCGGCCGAUGGUGCGUCCGAAUUUGUGCUUUUGGCGGCAAUUAAUCGCGUUUGAACAAAACGUCAAAGAGAAUAGCGGAUCGGUGCGGCUGGUGCGCGACGAGGCGCAACCCGACAAUCUUCUUCCCGACGUUUAUUUGAAUUUGGCGAUUCAGCCGAGACCGCCGAGCCCCGAGCACGAGCCGAAUCCGAUGGACGAAUCGCGCGAUCGCCGCAAUUCGGGACAGCGUGCCAAAUUCCAGCCGGUUUUGGAGCCGCUAAUUGAGCUCGCUGAAGCGGUUUGCUGA